GGUUUCUCUCUCGCUCCUCGGAUGGAUGCUGCGGCUAGUGAUGUACCGGUGAAUCUCGGAUCCGUCGUAAUGACUCCGGUGGUUGAAGAAAAAAAUGAAGACGGAGGGGAAGAAUCGGUGGCUCCACCGUCGAAGAAGCCACGUUUCGACGAGGAAGUGAAUAGAGUGGCGGAGAUUGUGCUUGUGCUAUCGGCAUUGCGGAGGAUUCGAGGAGGGAAAAGCCCGACGGAGUUGGAGCUGGAGCUGAUGGUGGAAGCGAAGUCGAAAUUGGCAGAGAUGUGUCAGGAGUUUACUCCAAAGGAUCUUAUUGGUAGGGAUGCUAUCGGAGCCGUGAUUGAAGAUCUGGGUUUGAAUGGUAAGCUUAAGGAUCAGAGAUUAGGAUUCCGAGCACCUAAAUUAACCAUCUCCGAGAAGCUAUCUCUUGGGAAGAGAAAGAUGGAAGAAUCCAAAAAGCACCCAAUAGUAUCCACUACCUAUACAUCUCCAGCAAAUAAUGUUCCUGUGGCACAUCAGUGGCCUAAUAGUGAAUUGAAGGCAUCCACUAGCUCUGUUAAUGCAUCUGGAAGCCAUCUCGUUAGGGAUGCAUCAGGAGUAACACAGUCUAGAAUCGAGAGACCACAGUUUAAGCCAGAUAUGCAUUCCGCUGCUUCUCAGGGACCAGUUCCUGCUGGAAAUUAUUUUGGGAAUACUACAUCUUGGUCUGCUCAACCUCCUUCCAGUUCAACCAUAUCAUUUGGUGCUCCAUCAGAGAGCAAAGUUCAUGCUCCGAGUUCUUCAAGAGUCACAGAUCCGAGCUUUAGACCAUUCAUGUCUCACACGCAGCCAGGAACAUUCACAGGCAUGAAAGGAGUGACUUAUGGUCAGACUUCUUCUUCACCUUUUGGAAACAACCACCAUGCUGAAAUUGCAAAGAUAAUCCAUAAAGUUCUGCAGCCGCGGGCUAAACAAAAUGUCUUGUGGAAUCCACCUUCAAGAGAGUAUAUGAGUAAAGCAAUGACAUGCCAGAUGUGUCAAGGAACUGUCAACGAAGUAGACACGGUGCUAAUAUGUGACGCCUGUGAAAAAGGAUAUCACUUGAAGUGUCUACAGGCUAACAAUAUUAAAGGUAUUCCAAAAUCUGAAUGGCAUUGCUCAAGAUGUGUGCAAUUAUACAAUGGGAAGUCUUUUCCUCCUAAAUAUGGUCGUGUUAUGAGAAGCGCCACUACAGCGAAAAUGUCUUCUAGUUCAGCCGAAGUUCAGUUACCCACAGAGAAGAAGGUUGGUAAAAUCAAUCUGAAGCUUAAGCAAGAGGCAAUGCCUCAUCCUGAGACAGAAAAACCAACCGAAGAUUCAGCUGUAAAUCGAACAGUUGAAGCUGAAGACGCAGCAGCAGCUAUAAGCCGAGCAGUUGAAGCGCAAGAUGCAGCACCUAUAAGUCAAACGGCCGAAGCUGAGGACGCAGUACCUAUAAGUCAAACAGAUGAAGCUGAGGACGCAACAGCUAUUAGUCAAACGGUUGAAGCUGAAGAUGCAGCAACCAAAAGUCAAACGGCUGAAGCUGAAGAUGCAGCAGCUAUAAGUCAAACGGUUGAAGCUGAAGACGCAGCCGAAAGUCAAAGAGUUGAAGCUGAAGACGCUGCAGCUGAAAGUCAAACAGUUGAAGCUGAAGAUGCAGCAGCUAGUAGUCAAACGGUUGAAGCUGAAGACGCAGCAGCUAUUAGUCAAACGGUUGAAGCUGAAGACGCAGCACUUAUAAGUCAAAAGGUUGAAGCUGAAGAUGCAUCUAUGAAUCAAACAGUCGAUAGUAACAAAGAAUCACAAGGUCCUGUAGGAAACGACGCCGAGUGUGAUGAUCCUCCAGAAUUGGUAUCUCACUUAGAGGAGAAAGAAGACCAGAGCAAACGUGUUACUGAGGAAUCUGUUUCUGCGAAUUGCCAAGAAAAAGACCCGAAGAUCAUCGCGGAACCAUCAUUACAAGAGGAGAACUCAGCUUCUCAGACAGAGAACUUACCGUCCCAGCCUCCUCCUUUGCAAUCCAACACAGAUCAUUCCCAACAACAGGACACAACGCCAAGUGUCGAAGAGGCUAUACCGAAGAACUUCACCGAAAAUCUAGAGGAAGACAAAAGCUGUGAAUGA